GCUCCACCCCCUCCGGAGACGGGCGCGGCGGGAGUGAGGCGGCGCGGCGGGACGGAGCGGCCGGCGCGGCCGGGAGUAGCUUGAGCCCGGCGGGAAGGAGGAGGAGGAGGAAGGCGGGGGUCAUCCCGCUUAGCCGGGCGGGAUGGAUAAGUACGACGACCUGGGUCUGGAAGCCAGUAAGUUCAUCGAAGACCUCAACAUGUACGAGGCCUCCAAGGACGGUCUCUUUCGGGUGGACAAAGCUGCCGGCAACAACCCCGAGUUCGAGGAGACCAGGCGGGUCUUCGCCACCAAAAUGGCCAAGAUCCACCUCCAGCAGCAGCAGCAGCAGCAGGAGGAGAUGCUGAUGGCCGCCUUGAACGGAGGGGCCACCUUCAGUGCCCCCCGGCCCAUCCCACCGGUGGCACGGGGUGCCAAACCACCCCCGGGCUCCUCCGCCGAGGCGCUGCGUGCGAGGCCGUACGACGGAGGGGAGCGCGGCGUCGGCGAGAGCGGGGCACGUGCCGAGGCCCCGGGGGGCCAGGCUGGGCACCGGGGCCGGGACGCGGAGCCCGACAGGAUCCCCAAAGCGGGAGGCUCACAGCCCACUGCGGGGCGAGGGGAGCAGCAUGCCGGGAGCCAUGGUGACCCCCAGCCCUGCCGCAGCAGGCAAGAGAAUGGCAGCGAGGGCAGAUGCGGCGGUGGGGACCGGAGAUCCUCCUCCUUCUCGCACACCUGGAGCCCUCCAGCACCCUCAGUGGGGACGGAGAAGGGGGCGCCGGGGGCCAUGCCACAGCAGAGGCCGUCUUCCUUCUCGGCCUCCUCCGUGCAGCCCGCCCGGGGGUUUUCAGGCACUGCUGACCCCUGCAGUCCCAGGGCCGGAGGGGAUGUCAGCCAGCUGUGGUACCAGGGCGUCCCGCUGUCCUUCCCCUCCAGCUCCGCUCCUGCUGCCCCGAGCGUGGACUACCAGCAUGCCACCAGCCACCCUGGCCCAGCUGGCCACUUUGUGGCCCACGGUCAAAACCACCAGCCCAAUGGCAGCAGCACAGAGCCUGAGCCGAGCUCCUCGCGCCUGGCCCUGCGUGGGCCGAUGACUCCAGAUGCUCCACAGCCCCCUUUCCCAGAGGGCACCAGCAGUGCGCGGCCGGACGCCAGGCACCCGGAGGGCUCCAGCACAGCGAAGGUGAAGCUGCCCUGCCAGACCCUUCUUCCGCAGCCGGAGCAAGGACCGUCAGCGGCUGAGCUGAAGCUGGAGGCACUGACCCAGCGCCUGGAGCAGGAGAUGGAUGCUCGUCCAAAGGCUGAUUACUUCGGCACCUGUGUGAAGUGCAGCAAGGGGGUGUACGGAGCAAACCAGGCUUGCCAGGCCAUGGGCAACCUCUACCACGAUGGCUGCUUCACCUGUGGAGCCUGCAGUCGAAAGCUGAGAGGAAAAGCCUUUUAUUUUGUCAAUGGCAAGGUGUUCUGUGAAGAGGAUUUCCUGUAUUCUGGUUUCCAGCAGUCAGCUGACAGGUGUUUCAUUUGUGGUCAUUUGAUAAUGGACAUGAUCCUGCAGGCUCUAGGGAAAUCAUAUCAUCCAGGCUGCUUCCGAUGCGUGGUCUGCAACGAGUGUCUGGAUGGUGUGCCGUUCACUGUGGACUCUGAAAACAAAAUCUACUGUGUCAGAGAUUACCACAAAGUUUUAGCUCCAAAGUGUGCAGCGUGUGGACUUCCCAUUCUGCCCUCUGAGGGGUCUGAUGAGACCAUUCGGGUUGUGUCCAUGGACAAGGAUUACCACGUGGAAUGUUAUCACUGCGAGGACUGCGGGAUGGAACUGAAUGACGAAGACGGGCAUCGCUGUUACCCACUAGAUGAACAUUUGCUUUGUCACUCCUGUCAUCUGAAACACAUAGAGAACGGCACAACCCCAGCAGCUGUCUACCAGCACCACUACUAGCCAGAGUGGGAAAGCCCAGACACAAGAUCUGUUACAUGACCUCCCUCCCCCCACCCUCAGCUGAUUUCCUGUGUAUGUUUUUCGCCAGUUGGCAAUGUUUCUGUAAAAGGAUAUGAGAGAUUUUUGAUGGAUUCCCAGGGUCUGGAUGCUUGUGAGUUCCAGCUGUAUCAAACCACGUCUACUUGACCAAGAAUGUGGCAUGUUAUCUAAACUGAUCGGUUUACGUUUACGUGCCUUGUUCUGCUCUCUGGAGAUCCUCUUGGCUCAUUUUGGAAGAUUCCUCAGUGAAAGCACAACUCGCUAUCGUGCCUAUGAACUCAGAUCAUGCCACGCACAAUAAAAAAGCCAGAGGCUGGCUUGCCUGCCUGUGCCGGGGACAUCUUGUCAGUCUACUAAGUCUUUCCUGACAAGCACAUUUCAUCAGAUUCCCUGAAGGACAUCACUCUAUUAAUACCAGUUUUUAGACACUCCUUCUCUUUUUAUUAAUUCUUUAGGAAAAGAAAAUAAGAAGGUCUGUGCAAAAUGGUGUGCUCAGACCUUCCAGUUAAUUCCCUGAACUCCGGUAUCAAGUCUGACUGUAAAAGCACCGGCUCUCCAAGCACAAACCAAGCAUGCUGGCUGGCAGGUGGAGGCCAGCAUCCCAUUUCAAACAGAACAGGAAACUGGAAGAAGCUCUAGGCUAAGCUGCUGCAGUGACUUGGGGCCUGGGCUUGCAUGUCAGCGUGAUACGCAGGGGCCAGUCUGCUGUGUCAGAUUCCGAAUAGCAGAUUAUUUUUGGAAAGGAAAGGUCAGGAUGCUGAAAGUGUGGACACUGGGGAAAUCCAGCCUGAUUCUUGCUUGCAGAGCUCACUUGGGAAGAAAGCUCGCCGUACACAGACACUUGCCUGAGUUUUUCAGCUUGUCCCCACAGCUCAGCCCCCCAGCCUGGCCACUCCUGUCCGUGGUGUUUACCCAGCACAAAGCCAUUUUGUAAUGGUGCUUAUUUAGAGCUCCGGGAACAAACUUGAGAUCGUUAUGAAGGCUUUGUUACACAGGGAUUUAGAGCCCAGCUCCACAACCUGUACUCAAAGGAGUGUGUUGGUAUAAACAGAUUUGCUGCCAUGAAUAAUAACAGCUUAUCUGAGCAAGGGCUUAGAGAGUUUGGCCCUUAAUUUCUGUUCCGCUGAGAAAACAGAAAAGAAAAGCAGAUUGUUUCUCUUUUUGAACCCCACUGUUUUAUAGUAAAAAAAAUCUGCUCCUUCAGUGUAUAUUACAUAUAUGACAGGUGUGCCCGCAGUGCAUCUUCUGUAGGUGCCAAAGCUGUGCAGUCCAUCAUGUACAGGUACAAAGCUUUCGUUUAAGAAAAAGCUCUUAAAGCCUCAGAUGCAAUCAGGGCUCUUAGCUACCCUUUCCAACUUACUGUGUGGAAAACUAGUUAAAUCCUCAGGUAUCCAUGCUAAAGAUGUAAAUUCAGUUCUGAUUGAUAGGGGACUGGAUGACAUUCUUGAAGAUCUUUCUAGGGAGAAAACUAGAGUAAAUUAGCUGAGCAGUAGCAUGGGGACUCCUGACAUGAACCUGUGCUGAGAACCCGCUAUGGUUCAGCCAAACCUCUUUUCCUGUAGCACAAAUGCAGCUAGACAGGUGCUUGGACUUCACGCCAGAUAGUCAGACUGUUGUGUGUACCCAUGUGGAGCAGCACGGGUGCUGGCUGCAGCAAGCUGCCUGUCUCUGCCUGUGCUAAUAAAUACCACGGGCCUCACCUGAGCGUGCUGCAAGUUGCUGUGCUAAGUAUUACACAGAGGCACAAGCAUCUGCUGUGAAGUGGAUAAAGACCAGUGGCCUGUUAGCACCCCUCCUGCCCAUCUGUAUCGGCUUGCCUUGGCUGAAACCUCAAUGUCUGAAACUGCCCAAGCCUCAGGAGCUUGGUGGCUUCAGCGUGGAUUUUUGCCAGGCUGGCAGAGCAUCCAGCCUUCCACCCCAUCCAGCUGUGAGUGCCUCUGCCCGUUGCUGAUGCGCUUCAGGAUGGGGACGGCUGGUUGGUCCCCUGCUGGAAACCAGGCACAGCCCCAGCCUUCCUGUAGCUUGGCUCUGCGAUGCCAUUUCUCCUGGGGACAUGCAACUGACAGAAAGCUCAAGGGGGUGGACUUUCCCACUGCAGUAUACAUGUCUCUGGAGCAUAUAUAGUUCAGAGAGUUUUAUCUGUGAUUUUAGAGGAGGUAAAAUUGACCUCAAAUAUGUGAUCUCCCUGGGGCCUUAAAUUUGGCCUUCAAGUGCUGGAUAGUGAGGAGAUGGGAGCCGCCACAGAAUAUAACCGGUGCUGUAUCCAGGCUUUAUGGAUUGGGGGCAACAAAACACGCAGGGUGAACCCUGCAGUGCUCUCUCCCUGGUGCUCUGUGUCAGCUUGUGUCCUGCAGUGCAUCUGGGCACAGGGAGGUGUGUCAGGGUGCAACUGUGAUCUUAGGACUGUCUGAAGGGACUGAGGUGGGAAAUAACACCAGCUGAGAGUCCCUGGCAAAUGAUUCAGAUAGUCCUUGAGCAGGUGGUUCCCUUCUCUGAGCUUCCUUUGUCAGCAAAGGCAGUGAGAAACCAAAGUGGCUUCUGGAAGUGAGCUGGAAAUGCCAGCCCUGAUCUGUUCCGUGGUCUCUGAGAUACCAGCUACUACAUGGCUCAUGCUUUUGCUAGUGCCUGAUUUUUAGAGCAGCCCCUUAUGCACAUUUUCUGGCCUCUGUUUUGCAAAGACCUGAAAACACUAGCGGGGCUGAUAUUUUCUUUUUAAGCUUCAGUUUAGAAUUAUAGAAUAAUUUUGGUUGGAAGAGACCCUUAAGAUCAAGUCCAACCAUAACCUAACUCUAGCACUAAACCAUGUCCCUAAGAACCUCAUCUACCUGUCUUUUAAACACCUCCAGAGAUGGUGAUUAAACCACUUCACUGGGCAGCCUGUUGCAGUGAUUGACAACCCUUUCCGUGAAGAAUUUUUUCCUAAUAUUCAAUCUAAACCUCCCCUGGCACAACUUGAGGCCAUUUCCUCUCGUCCUAUCACUUGCUACUUAGGAGAAGAGACCAACACCCUCCGUGCUACAACCUCCUUUCAGGUAGUUGUAGACAGUGAUAAGGUCUCCCUUCAGCUUCCUUUUCUCCAGGCUGAACAAGUAGUUUUAACUACUCUCUCACUCUUGCAGCCUUCCCCACAACCCUAAAAUAAGCAGGCAAGAAGGGGAGGGGGAGAAGGACAAUUUUCCCUCCUGGAGAGCCUUGAGCAGCCUGUUUAUGGAUCCUCCUUUGCAUCCAUAUGGCCUCUGCUACCCCACGGUGUGUUGUUACUCCUGUCAGCUAUCCUGUAUCCCUCAGUGCUGGGGAAAUGAAGGCUGCCCUACUUUCAGUUUUGAGGUCCAGUAUAAAUUAUUGAGUGCCAAUGCUCUCCUUUCCUGUAUUUACAAAGAGCCAGAAGUGACAAUGUGAAGCUAUUGAAAAUGGAGCGUGUGAGCUGGUGGUUUUGAAGCUAAAGCAGCCGCUGCAUUGCCCUGCUCUCCCAUGUGUGCUGACUCGCGCCGCUGUUAUCUUUGAGAGUUUGAAUUCAUAUAAGAUCCUUUAUUAUUCCUGCCUUUUCUCCUAGGCUGUGGGUGUCUGAGUCCGUGUUGAUUGUCUAUAUGGCUUGUCCCCGGCUUGUCUCUUUGUUUUUGGCUCCGGAUGGUGGGUCCGGGAGGGAGGCAGGGCCAUCAUCCUGCACAGAGGAGGCUUCUCCUCCUCCUGACCUCUCACGAGGGGUCUGUGGAGCUGCAAACCCUCGCUGCCUGCCUUUGGGCAGCCAACCCAAAGGGAAAAACAGGCAGGCAGGCAGGUAGCUCUGCAGACAGAGGGCGAGGCUUUUCCUGCUUUGCAGAAGAAUUUUGGAAAACACGUUGAAUUCUGCCUGUCACCUGCCUGAUACGCAUUGGGCUUUGCUGUUCAUGUGAACCUUGCUGUCUUUUUAUUUAUUAAGAUGCCGAAACAUGCUAUGAAGAGUUAGUCUCUUUUGACCAGUUUUAGAGCAGGGAACCCUUGGAAGUCCCAUUGUGCUGAUAAUGAGUAACUCACAUGCAAAUAGCUAUUCAAGUUAAUUCACUGAAACUUAGUUUCAGGAGCCAGAGCUUAAUAGAUUUUGUUGUUGUUCAGAUCAUGCUGUUGAAUUUCUAUUGUUUAGAAUACAGAAACUCAUUUAAAUAGAGGUUUUUGCAUAAAAGCCAGGGGUAAAGCCCCAGCUAGAGAAGAAGCAGAAAUUUUUGUGUAUUUUUAAGUAUAAGAAGCACCUGGGAUCAAAGUGACUUCACAAAACUGCUUGAUGUUCAACACAGGGAACAGCAUUUUCAAACACCCUGGCGAGGAGCGUUUGAUGAGGUUUGUGGCUCUUCAGUUUCUGAGUUUCAUUCGGGGGCUUUUAAAAUGUCUUCUCGGUCUUUCAGUGUUUUGAUGAGUUAUUUUGUAGGUCUUUUUGCUACAAAGCGAAUAGCUCCUUGGUCUGGAAAUGCUGGAGUCUCAUCAGGAUCAGGUGUACUAUCGCAUUUGUGAAAGGGGAAACUGGGCUUGUAAGAGCUGGUACUGGUCUGCCUGGCUGUUUGAAAGAAAGGGGUAUCUGAGAGAAGAAAGUAAAUACCUUCCUGUGCUUUCUCCUUGUGCUGAUUUGUAGCACUGGGCAAAUAUUUGGCAUCCCUGAACUUAAGUAUUUGAAUCUGUUCAUAAACACUGCCGCGACCUCCUCUGCUCCCUCCCGUGAGUCCAUAGCCCUGGGCAGGGUCGCAGGUGCACUCUUCCUCAUGGAUUUUGUCCCUGUUUUGCACUUCUGUAUUUCCCUGGAAAUUUUACCACUUCAUCAUUUAAGCAACAGCAAAACUGUGUCCUUGCUUAAAGCAAAAUAGACACACGCUCCCCAUCCUUACGUGAACAUUUUGACCUGAUUCUCCAAAUUACCCAAAUUUCAGCCAGCUGCUGGUUGAUGCAGCGGCAGCUUUGUACUCCACUGCUGUUGCAAAUAAAAUGGCAUGAAGGACUCUGCAUUGAACUUGAAGUGCACAGGCAGGCAGUCCCGCUGAAGCCACCAAGACUGCACAUGUACAUGAAAAUCAAUGUGUGCACGUAGGUCAGUGUUGGAUUGAGGACAGAGAGAUUUUAUUACAGCCAAGACAUACCUGGGGAUGAAUCUGCAGCGGAGUAAAAGUUGCCUCGAAAAGGUCGCUGAAAUGGAUUGCCAACUUUUUUCUUCAAUAAACAAAAAUAUGUACUGAAGUAGUGGGGAUGCACAGAGAAAGAAGGAUGUGACUUACAAAAUACAGUAGCUGUAGGGAAAAGAGGGCAAGUGAUUACAGGGAGCAGGGGAGAAAGCCGCACAGAAGGGAUUUGCUUUUGUUUGUUGUAUUCCUAGACAUUCAUUAGAGGGGGUUUUGAGGAGAAAAGCACCUGUCAGCCCAUCUGCGUGCUCUGUGUGUGCUUUCAUGGUCGUGUGUGCUGUCAUGUCUGUGCACAUGGACGUGCAGCAUGUGCUGCCUGCGAGAGAGCUGCCUUUCACACCUCUGUGCCCCUGCCAAGCAGUUGUCAAUGCAUUUUGAGCUACCUUCUGUGUGUGAAUGGAAGGACAUGUUGAUCCAGGCUCUGGAGUCAGUACCUGUGGGCAGGGCAGGGCAGGGCCAUGGCCAAAUACAGAAUCACAGAAUGUUUGGGGUUGGAAGGGACUUCUGGAGAUCAACUAGUCCAACCCACCUGCUAGAGCAGGUUCACCCAGAGCAGAUCACACAGGAAUGUGUCCAAGUAGGGUUUGAAUGUCUCCCGAGGAAAGGACUCCACAACCUCUUGUCCCCUUUCCCCCGGUGUCACUGAGGGAAGCUGGCAGGGAUUUUGCCUCUCUCAUUGCACAGCAUUCAUGAGUCCUGUUUUCUUUUCAGUUUCUGCCUCCUGCCGUGAACCCAGAGCUGUUCACCCAUCCUAAGGAUAAGCACAAUUAAUCUUUUCUGAGCAAUAAAAAUCCUCACCCAGCUUUCUUCCAGGGCAGCCAGAAGCUCGUGUGGCAAUAAGCAUCGGUAGCCCACUAAGAUAAAACAAGAGACAGGAAGAAACUGUCCCCACAUGGAAAUACAUGGCAUGCAGCCCCCGAAGGCAGAUGACAGGGGUGUCCCGCAGCCCCCGUGCAGGGAUGACAGGGCUGUAGUUCCCAGCCUGCUGGCACUGACCCUGGUCCCCACGCAGCAGGUCUGCGGUGCACGGCCAGACAGGGACCUGGGCACAGACACGCAGGCUGUGGCCUUGGCUAAUGAUACUGAAUGGUACUAAUUAUUUUAUGUUUCCUUCAAAGCUCAGCUCCAGGAGAGAGCAUUUUAGGAUUUGUGCUGGUGUAACUAACCUUAGCCACCUGUGAACACAGCCUUCUUUUCUUCUGUGCUGUUAAAUAUUUAUAAAGAACGAAGGUUGGCAGUGAGCGCGAAACUGCUGGCCUGUUGUGAUUUUGGUGAUUAAAGACAAUACCGUAAAGCA